CUUCUAUACAGUCUAUGUGUCCCACGUGUUUCUCCGAUAAACCAACAAGAUGGAGUUGUGAUAUUUGUAUAAAAGUCACACGGGCCUUCAGGUAAAUUGUCCCCUCGUAACGUAACGAUUUGUUUCCAGCGCUCAGCAAUGACAUCGACAUAGCGAUGGUAAAAAUAACAUUUACCAUGUUCACUAAUUUGCUUGUGUUGAGGUUUAUAUGACCGCGAUUCACCAUAUAACCAAUUCAAUCAUAUAAGCAGCAAUACUCGCAGGAACGUCAUAUCGACCCGGAAGCAGUUUACACGUCACAGGUCGCGCACAUUGUUCCUGCGCGGCACGGCGCGGUUCACGUUGUAAUGAAUGAAAAUCAAGUCCAAUAAGUUUUCCAGCAUCGCAACAACAGAGAGCGAUCGACUGACUGUGACGAGUCGGUGUGUGUGAAGCGUAAAACCAGAGCUGCGUCUUAUUCCAGUUCAUAGACUGUAACAGAGAUGGCUGGAAUUCUGUUUGAGGACAUCUUUGAUGUAAAAGACAUCGACCCAGAUGGCAAGAAGUUUGACAGAGUGUCUCGUCUUCAUUGUGAAAGUGAAUCUUUCAAGAUGGACCUCAUCUUGGAUGUGAACAUUCAGAUCUAUCCUGUUGAUCUUGGUGAUAAGUUCCGACUGGUUAUUGCCAGUACGUUAUAUGAAGAUGGAACCCCAGAUGAUGGAGAGUAUAAUCCUCAGGAUGACCGGCCGUCCAGAGCGGACCAGUUUGAUUAUGUGAUGUACGGGAAGGUUUACAAGAUCGAAGGCGACGAGACUUCGACAGAAGCAGCAACACGCCUAUCGGCCUAUGUGUCGUACGGUGGCCUCCUCAUGAGGCUGCAGGGAGAUGCCAACAACCUUCACGGCUUCGAGGUGGACGCCAGGGUUUACCUGCUCAUGAAGAAACUGGCCUUCUAAACCCCAACUCUGCUCACCCACCUAACCCCCGGUCCUCCGACGGCCACAGUCAACCUGUCAGUCUGAGCUGCAGACUGAAAACAUUCAUAUUCCUGAGUCUGAAGCACACGGUCGUCUCCGAGAGGAGCUCGCUGACAGAACACGUGGCAGCUGUAGAGAAAAUAUUUCAUUUUUUUAUUCUCAUAGAUAAGAAAUGUUUUUUCCAAGGAGAUGGACGUCAGACUAAAGACUGUGACACUUAGAAAGUACUGCAACCUCCAUCUGCUGGCAACAUGUAAAUAAAGAUUUCUUUUAUACAAAGUGA